AAGAAAACCCGUAUUUUCGAUAAAACCCGUUGCCAAGCAACAAUUUCAUCUUUCCUGCUCUGAGGUCACGUGAGUCGUAAAUUUCUGGAACGCUCUAGAAGCUCACUCGGACUGGUUGCAUUGUCGUCUCUCAGACGCCUACAGGAAUCUAAGCAAAUCCAUUUGCUGCAGUUCUGUGCCAAGAUGACUCAAGAGGAGACUACAGUCGCUGGUAUUGAUAUCACACCAAAACAAGAUGGUGGUGUUAUUAAAGAGAUUCUACGGCCAGCUACCUCUGAGGAACAACCUACCAAUGGUGAUACUGUUAUUGUACACUAUGUUGGAACCCUACUGGACGGAUCUGAAUUUGAUUCCAGUCGGUCCCGUGGAGAGAAAUUCUCUUUUGCUCUUGGAGAAGAGAAGGUCAUUAAAGCAUGGGACAUUGGUGUAGCUACAAUGAAGAAAGGUGAACUUUCUCGUUUCACCUGCAAAUCUGACUAUGCUUACGGAAAAAGAGGUUUCCAUGACAAAAUUGGACCAGAUGCCACUCUCGUGUUUGAAAUAGAACUUUUUGAUUGGAAAGAGGAUUUGUCUCCUAAAAAAGAUGACAGCAUUAUAAGGAGAAUGAUAUCAAAAGGAGAGGGCACGGACACACCAAAUGAUGGUGCUACUGUAAAUGUUCAUUAUAUUGGGUACUAUGAAGAUAAACAAUUUGAAGACCGUGAUGUGACAUUUGUUAUUGGAGAAGGCAGUGCAGAAGACGUUAUUGAAGGUUUAGACAUAGUUGUGAAACAUUUCAAAUUUAACGAACAUUCCACUAUUGAAAUUGAUGCAAAAUAUGCAUAUGGUGAAGAGGGUAAUGCUAAAUUCAAUAUUCCACCUAAUGCACGUCUUAAAUAUGAUGUCACAUUGAAAUCAUUUGAAAAGGCAAAAGAAAUUUGGAGAAUGGAUGCAAAAGAAAAAUUAAGACAAGCAGAAUUAGCCAAAAAUAAGGGUACCCAAUAUUAUAAGAGUGAAAAAUAUCAAAUAGCUGUGAGGCAAUACAAAAAGAUUGUAUCAUAUUUGGAAAAUGAAUCCAGUCUAGAAGAUGAUGAAGAAGUACAAAAGAAAUCUCUCUUGCUUGCUGCUCACCUCAACACUGCUUUGUGUCAUCUGAAAACAAAUGAUUCCCAUCAUGCUAUUCAGGCUUGUGAUAAGGCAUUAGAAAUUGAUGAACAAAAUGUCAAAGGACUCUUCCGCCGAGGCCAGGCAAAGAUGAACGAGAAUGACUACAAGGAAGCCUUGGGCGAUUUUAAUUCCUUGCUAAAACUGGAACCUGACAAUAAAGCUGCUAAGAAUCACAUCAUCAUUUGCACAAAGAAAAUGAAAGAUUACAAAGAGAAGGAAAAGAAACUCUAUGCCAAUAUCUUCUCUAAAUACACCAUGGAGAAUGCUAAGAAUGAAAUCGAAGAAGAGAAGGAUGGGAACAAAAAUGAAGAGGACGACGAGGAAGAGGGGCAAGAACUACCUACUCCAACAGAAGGGAUGAUCAGUGAAGAAAUGGAAGCGGAAAAAUAAUUCUUUAAAAACUAUUCAUUAUUUGUCUCAAUUUUCUUUCCAUUUCCUUCUGAUUGACUGACAAAAUGUAUUUAGUAAGUUUGUCUCAAGACUUACAAUAUGUAUUCUGUGUUCCUACAGAUCAGUCUCUGAGAUCUGGCGCUUUCAGCAUUUCCUUUUUUUUUUUUUUUUUCCUCCAUUGACAGUCACUUCAUUUGUUAUGACAGUCAAAUUCUCAGAAACCUAUUUCUGUUCUGUCUAUCCAUACAUUUAGAUUGAAAUAAAAGUACUUUUCACUUCA